AUGACCCUGGAGUCCAUGAUGGCUUGCUGCCUGAGCGAAGAGGCGAAGGAGUCGAAACGAAUCAAUGCAGAAAUUGACAAACAACUCCGCCGAGACAAGCGAGACUCCAGGAGGGAGCUCAAACUGCUUCUUCUCGGUACGGGAGAAAGUGGCAAGAGCACCUUCAUUAAACAGAUGAGGAUCAUCCACGGAGCAGGAUAUUCAGAUGAAGAUAAGAGAGGCUUCAUCCGGCUGGUUUACCAGAACAUCUUCACGUCCAUGCAGGCCAUGAUCCGAGCCACUGAGACACUCAAGAUCCCAUACAAAUAUGAGCAGAACCGGUCCAACGCCAGUCUUGUGAAGGAAGUGGACAUCGAGAAGAUCAGCAAUUUUGACUAUCCAUACAUCGCAGCUAUCAAAAGCCUGUGGUCCGACCCGGGGAUCCAGGAGGCCUACGACCGCCGCAGAGAAUAUCAGCUGUCUGACUCCACUAAAUACUAUCUUUCCGAUCUGGACCGUAUCGCUGAUCCCAACUAUCUUCCCACGCAGCAGGAUGUGCUCAGGGUGCGCAUCCCCACUACAGGAAUCAUAGAGUAUCCCUUCGACUUGCAGAGCAUCAUCUUCAGAAUGGUGGACGUUGGAGGUCAGAGGUCAGAGAGGAGGAAGUGGAUUCACUGUUUUGAGAACGUCACCUCAAUUAUGUUCCUGGUGGCACUGAGUGAGUACGACCAGGUCCUGGUGGAGUCGGACAACGAGAACCGUAUGGAGGAGAGUAAAGCUCUCUUCAGGACGAUCAUCACCUACCCAUGGUUUCAAAACUCCUCCGUCAUUCUCUUCCUCAACAAGAAGGACUUGCUGGAGGAGAAGAUCUCCUACUCACACCUGGUGGACUAUUUCCCAGAGUUUGAUGGUCCUCAGAGAGAUGCUCAGGCAGCGCGGGAGUUCAUCCUCAAGAUGUUUGUGGACUUGAACCCAGACAGCGACAAGAUCAUCUACUCUCACUUCACCUGUGCCACGGACACUGAGAACAUCCGCUUUGUGUUUGCAGCCGUCAAGGACACCAUCCUGCAGCUCAACCUCAAAGAGUACAACCUGGUGUGAGGGCUCACCUACAACUUGACAUCUUCUCCCCUCCACUCCACAAUUGCACCCCCCUCACUGGGAAGACGUGCGCCUUGGCUCCACCUGCAUUUCACACACAAACAUCAACACGCCACGCCUGUACACACAGACACACAUGCGUCCCAGAAGAGGACACGCUUUCUCCGCCAGGUUGAGCUUAUUCACAGAAUCCUUUUGUCGACAAACCGAUCCCCUGCUCUUUCACCAACGCUCAUCCUCCUCCUCCUCCUCCUCCUCUUCUUUGUCUUCACUUGGCAGCUUGUCGUGUCAGAAAAUUCCUGCUCCCUUCAAAGCUGCGCCACGUGUCAGGAUUGAUCCUGGCUGCUGGCCGUGGCUCACUUCUUCUGGCGCUUGAAUCCUUAUUUGGUCUGUACAGUGAUGGAGGGGACUUUGGUGUUUGUGUGUGUGUGUCUGUGUGUCCUCCUGCGGUGGGGGGGUGAGGGUGGGGGGGCAGAAUCAUUUAACAAGGAGCUGAUUGAGCGACAUUAAAAACCUCGGGCCCUGCGACUCUGACACUCGACCGGUGCAAGAUCAGAUCCUCUUUCAUCUCCUUCGUGAACUUCUGCAGAUGUAGAAGGAAGUGCACACUGAACCUCCUGAGAACAUCCAUGGACGGGUGGCUGCAUGCUGAAGAUGCUUCAGAGCGACUUGGACAGAAUGUGAGGUUGCACGCAGGACAUAAGGGGAUGGGUCUGAGGAUCGUGUCUCCUCCUGGCUUCUAUGAAUGUACCCACCAGUGUGAUAAUCGCAGUCGCAGAAAAAAAAAUAUAUUAUGAAGUAAAUGCAUACGUAAAAACACUUAAGACAAAAAAGCACGAGGGCAAGACAUUAGCUAAUCAAAAUCAAUUGCUGAGGUUUUAUAAAUGUUUUUAAUGAUAUGAAUUUGUUGCUACUUCUAUUAAACAGAUAAUGGUUUAAUGGAGGAGGGAGGGGUAACAGUGUCAAAAUCUAAUAACACAAAAGUUUUGAACUUAAAUAAGACAUCUUUAAAGGCCACCACAGUAAUACUUGACCUAAGGAACCUUGUUAGAUUUCUGUAUUUCUACGUUUCAGUGAAUCACAUGACUUCCCUCCUCCAGACGUUGUCUCUAAGGGUCUUCCAUGUGACCCACACGUCUGAAUCCACUGACAAAAACUUUUCACAUUUGGUUAAGCAGUAUUUUUGUCUCAAACCAAAAAAACGACGAACCACAGGUGUUAACAAACCCGACAACAGUACGGGCUGGUGGGAUGCUUUCGAGUCAGGCUGCUCUGAUUGGUGGAAACAGAUUAAAGCGAGGAUUGUGACGUCAGGGGCUUAUAUACGCCCAAGGAGCACAACUGCAGCUUGGGCGCUAAAGUAGCUUGUUUUUGCAGGAUUAGAUUCAGCACGCCAUCCCACAAAAUGUGUGAGCUUCGUCAAAAGACUGUAUACAAGAAUUGGACGUAGCCGUGUGGCUACAAACUACAACUGCAAAGUGACACCCAGGAAAAACAAGUGCUCUGUUGGUGUCGGAAGUCACGUCAUGAAAAAUUGGGCUAAUUAUCCCUUAGUUUUUAACAUCUGUUUUUCUAAAGAAUUUAGCGUCCCCACACUCACCACUUUAAGCUGCUUCUUCACAGGCACCAGAGUAGAUAAUUAGCAUGUAAUUCCACAGUUUGUUCAAUUUUCACACCCAAUGCUCUCCCUCGGGCAACGGGCGUGCAUCUGCAUUUGAAUCUGUGACGCAAGUAAAGACAAGUGAGCUACAGUCACUGAUCGCCUUCUUCCAUUAUGUCAAAUAUGGCGUCAAAACAUUAGCUGUUUCUGUCAUAAUUAAUCUCGAAUUUUCCUCUAAAUGGGAUCAUAAUUUACAAAACUGGCAUAAAAGCUGACUAAAGAUCUGGACUACAGAUGUUUUCAGUGAGUGCACCUGAGGAGACGUGAAGUGUUUUUGCCUUAGUCUGGGCAUCACUGUUGGCUACGUCCAAUUUUAACGUUUGGUCUACAAGUAGAAUCUGUGCGGUAAUUAAUCUCUCUUGUGACAUCACACCUGUUGCCACUCAGCCGUCCAAUCAGACACUCUUCCUGAUGGUGACGUAGUCGUCCAUUACAUCGGGGUGUGUACCUUUUAUGUUUUUAUUAAACUGUAUAGUCACUUUGUUUAUAGCUAUAUUUAAAAAAAAAAAAAAAAAAAGAUGCUUGCUGUUGAGUGGUGAGAGGAAGGAGGCGAGGCUACGAACCUUUCACAGUAAAAACGCACUCAGACGUCUGCUAAUGUUUGUGUAUAUUUGUUUGUAAAUACAUAUACACAAAACACUCCUGUACAAAUGAGAAGGAAAAUAUGCUCUGUGGUACAACAUCUUUGGCAAAAAAAAAAAUUAGAAAAAGAAAUCUAAAAAACUAUCAACUUGUUUCUUUAGCACAGUUUUUUUUUCUUAUGGAUUUAUGGUAGUGUUGAUACUGUGAUUAUGGAACUUUGUUGACUUGAUUAUUAGAACUACAACUACAGUGGAGUGGUGCUGAGGAGAAAGCACUCAGCAGAGAACAUGGGUUCUUCCUGACCAGCCUCACGGCUCCGCACUACUGCAGCAGCUCCGCCUCCACUAACGACUAACUGGGGCUGGUAGUUUAAAAGAAAAAUAAUAAUAAUUCACAGUAUGGCGACAAAAUGAUUUUAAGAGUAAUUAAAGUAAUUUUUUUAUUUAUCUAAUUUAUGGACCAGGUUUGAAGGUGUUAUUAAUUUGACUGCUUUUUGAUUCUGUCAUGUCUAAGCGCUCCUUGUGUCUCUCAAACUGGAGCCUACUUGAGUCUGAACUGCUGUAAACAGAAAAAAAAACACAAAAAAAGAAUGUCUGGUAUGGUAAGGACUUUUAUCUCUGCUUUCUAUUUCUUCAGUUGUACUUGCCAUUGCUCCAUCUGUUAAUAAUACUCCUUUGGUUUCUACGUGUUUGGUUUUUAGGCAGAAAAAAAAAAAAAA